GGGACGCUCUUGUGGUUUGAUCAGACAAAGCAAUAUGGUUUCAUUUCGCCAGAGAAUGGCCACGACAAUUAUUUUCUCCAUGGUAUAGACAUUUAUGAUCAGGUCCACAAAGGACAGAAGGUUCAGUUUGAACAUGGAACCGAUGUCUCUGGA